GCGGGCGCAGAGGACAGCGGAGCGGGCCGGACACUGACAGCUCCAUCGCUCCCUCCCUCGGUUCCUACCCGAGUCCCCACUUCCCUCCUCCCAUCGCUCCGAGCAGCAUCUUCUUCAGACCUCUGAUCCUCACUCCUGGGGUCGUCCUGCUUCCUAGGCUCCGUAUAAUUGCCUCCUCUCACCCACCAACCCAGGAACUUUCUCCGCCCGCAGCCGGGAGUGGGGGUUGCUUUGCCUGGGCGGGUUUCUCCAGGGGUUCACUGGGUUGGGGGGCUGUCUCUAAGGGCUUCAGGUCCCGGAGAGACGCCUGCCACCCUUAGCCUGCUUCCAGGUGGGCUGCCGUCGGGUCUCGGCACCCUCUCUUCCCGUCUCCCCUAACCAUGACCGAAAUGAGCGAGAAGGAGAACGAACCGGAUGACGCUGCCACCCACACCCCCCCGGGGACCGUCUCUGCCCUCCAGGAAACCAAGGCUGCUGCUGGCCAAGGAGAGACCCCCGGGAGCCAGCUCCCUCCAGGCUCACCAUCCCUCUUCCUCUCUCAGCUCCAGCGGUUCAAGCGCUCUCUUUCUCUCAAGACCAUCCUCCGAAGUAAGAGCGUUGAGAACUUCUUAUUUCGCUCCGGCUCUGAGCUUAAGUGCCCCACCGAGGUGCUGCUGACGCCCCCGACCCCGCUGCCCCCUCCUACCCCACCACCAGCCUCCGCAGACCGGGGCCUGCCCAUCCCCACCCCAUCCCCCUGCCCAGUCCCACGCCCCUUGGCGCCACUCAAACCAGUGAGGCUGCACAGCUUCCAGGAACACGUCUUCAAGCGAGCCAACCCCUGUGAGCUGUGCCACCAGCUCAUUGUGGGAAAUUCCAAGCAGGGUUUGCGGUGUAAGACAUGCAAAGUCAGCGUCCACCUCUGGUGCUCCGAGGAGAUCUCCCACCAGCAAUGCCCAGGCAAGACGUCCUCCUCCUUCCGCCGCAACUUCAGCUCCCCACUCCUGGUACAUGAGUCUCCACCAGCCUGCGCCGUGAGCAAGGAGUCCCCACCCACUGGGGCCAGCGGGAAGGUAGACCCUGUGUACGAGACCCUGCGCUAUGGCACCUCCCUGGCCCUGAUGAACCGCUCCAGCUUCAGCAGCACCUCUGAGUCCCCCACAAGGAGCCUGAGCGAGCGGGAUGAGCUGACCGAGGAUGGGGAGGGCAGCAUCCGCAGCUCAGAGGAGGGCCCUGGCGACAGCGUAUUCACAGCCCCAGCCGAGAGCGAAGGGUCAGGACCAGAGGAGAAGAGCCCAGGACAACAGCCCCCCAGGCCUGCCCUCCGGAAAGAUGUGGGGCCCAUGUACUCCUACGUGGCACUCUAUAAGUUCCUGCCCCAGGAAAAGAAUGACCUGGCUCUGCAGCCUGGAGACCGGAUCAUGCUGGUGGAUGACUCUAAUGAGGACUGGUGGAAGGUGAUGUGCCAGGGUGGGGAGCAGAGGGGCAAGAUCGGCGACCGGGUUGGCUUCUUCCCAGCUAAUUUUGUGCAGCGGGUGAGACCAGGCGAGAACGUUUGGCGCUGCUGCCAACCCUUCUCCGGGAACAAGGAACAAGGCUACAUGAGCCUCAAGGAGAACCAGAUCUGUGUGGGUGUGGGCAGGGGCAAAGAUGCUGACGGCUUCAUCCGCGUCAGCAGUGGCAAGAAGCGGGGCCUGGUUCCAGCCGAUGCCCUGACUGAGAUCUGAGAGAAGCCAAGAGAACCCAGAAGCCGCCUCUGCCCGUGCCCAGCCCUCCUAGCUUCUGGCCCCUCAGGGGGUUCCCUCUGCUCCUCUCCCAGGGGCCAUUCACCAUGGCAUGGGAGCUUUCUGUACUGAGAAAGGUGUUAUUUCUGGGGUCCUGGGGUGCCCUGAAGAGGUUGCAGCUCUGAGACUUGGGGGUGGGGAGGAGGAGAAAGUGGGAGGCAAUGGCAAAACUCCAGGUGGGUCCCCCCAGUCCAGUUGCCAUGCAGAGUCCACAGCCCUGAGAGGAAGUUCCUGAGGAACAUCUGGGCUGCCUCUUCCAGAGAGCCUACCCCUGCCCACCACACCUUUGCAUGCCUGACACCCCUCUCCUCACAGAGCCUCUGCUUGGGCCCUUGUAUGUGUGACCCUGCAGCUGUCACUUUGGGAGUGGGGCCCUCCUGGGUCCCUCAGCCCCAGCUCUGGGUGGGGAGGGAGCUCAGGGCUGUGGGAGGACCCUGAUCUUAUCACCUCUGUCACUCCAUCAACUCUCAGGAAAGUUCUGUGGCUCUCUCUCCUGUUACUUGAAACUUGGGUGGACAGAGGAGGGGAGGGCUGAGGUCUGGGGAGAGUGUGGCAAAUCAGAGGCUGUCCCCUCCAGUAGGACAGUCACCACAGAGCAACCUCACUCUACCCUUGUUCACUGGGAGAGGACACAUCCAAGAGCGGCCUGCACACAGAAACCCACCGGCCCACCUGAUCAAAACAAUCCCCAUUUCACUGUCAGGACUCGGAACGCUCAGUUCCUGUCCCAGGCCUUGCCAGGCCUGCCCCAGGAACCCCACCCUCAGGACUGACCCUGCAAUAGCCCUCCCUUACCCCCUCACUCGGGGCUUUGUUGGGGACAGGGCUGCCGUUGCAGGGGGCCCUUUUUCUGGCUGCAUCUGGUCCCUUUUCCAGGACACAGCCCUGGGAGGAAGCAGGAGUGGGAGACAGACAAUGAAUUCUGUUUGACCACCAGAAAGGGAAGGGGGUAGGCAUGCUGGGGGAAGGGGUGUGUGGGGACACGCAAAGAGGACCCCUCCCUUGCAGGCUGGUUUUCUCUGGUGCCAACCUCCCUUUCCUCCCCAAGCUCUGAGCCUCCUCUUGUGCCCUUGAUCGUGCCAGCCAAUGCCACCCCCAUCCUGGGCACAGUCACACCCUCCCAUGUGGUGGGAGGGGCACACGCUCCUACCCACUGGCCCCUGCCCCACCUCUCCCUCGCAGAGGGGAAGGAACUCAAGCCACACUGCCCUGUUUGCUGCCAUGAGGCCCCCCGCCAGCAAUAUCCCAGGGGCGGGCCCAAUGCCCACUGUACACGAGGCUGCAUGAGGAGUCUGCUGGGGCACUGCUGAGCCCCCAGACUCCUAAUUAAAUGUUUCUUGUCCCAA